AUUCAGAAGCUUCCAUACCAUGGAUGGACAGACGGUUUCCACCGUGGAAGGAGUCACUCUAACAAGAAGAGGGCAUCAUAUUACUGGCACUUUGAUAUUGACCCCAAAGCAUCUUGUUUUCAGCUUUAUACAGAAGAUAGCCGGGACAGGUAGUGGUACGGCAACACCAAGAGAGAUUUGGAUAUGUUAUCCGAUAAUAGAAAGAAUUUCCAAGGCCAGAGGGUCAUCUUGGGUUGGAAAAGGAAAUGAUCUUGUUAACGGAAGGUUGAGUCGUGAAGGUCUUAAUGGACAGAACGGACAAAUGAGUAUCAAUGGAAGUGAAAAUAUAACAUCUUCGAGAACUUCUUCAGUACGUCCUGCAACAAGUCUUUCAAGUAGUCCAGUUCCAGCUCCAACUCCAGCUGAUGCUACUCAAGAAUUAGGAAGUCUGGAAAUUUUACCAGGAAACGCAUCACCUAGAACGUCAUCCCCACUUACUCAAUCAUCGCCAAAUCUUCGACAAAUCGAUCACUACACCUCGUCACACAUCAGAAUUCAAUGUAAGGAUUUUACAUAUUAUUCAUUCGAUUUUGUUAAUGACAAAAUUUGUACUGAGGUAUUUCAAAAGCUUAGUACGUUGGUUACUCUUCCAAGAGCAAAAGCGGAUAUUCAACUUUUUUAUGCAUAUUCUUACAGGAAAAAUGUAUUAGAACAAAAUUUAUCUACUAAUGGAUGGAAUAUAUACGAUGCUACUAAAGAAUAUCAGCGAUUGGGAUUGAUUUCUGAUUGGUGGAGAGUCACGAAUAUUAAUGAAAAUUAUUCCUUUUGUCCUUCAUAUCCAAGGGUUUUAAUUGUUCCUUCUUCAAUUAGUGAUAAUGUAUUGAAACAUGCGGGGAAAUUUAGACUGAAACAAAGAAUACCAGCAAUUGUUUAUAGACAUAGGUUUGGAAAGAACGGUAAUGUGAUUGCAAGAUGUGCUCAACCAUUAGUUGGUUUAAAACUUCAGAAUAGGUCGCUACAGGAUGAGAAACUUAUCGGUGAAAUUUUUGAAACACAGCAAAGAGAAAGAGGAUCAGUCGAUAAUAAGUUUGAAAAUUUCUCUGAUGAAGGCAAUAGUGAGAGAGCAGAAAUAGAAACGUUUCUGGAACAACCUCAAAGGAAUCUUAUAGUAGAUUUAAGACCAUUGACCAACGCAAUGGCUCAGCAUGCUUUAGGGGCAGGUACUGAGAACAUAGAUAAUUAUCGUGGGAAAUCAGUGGAUGAUUCCAAUCAGGAUUCAUCUCCUCAACAUGUUGAUAAAAUAUUUUGUAACAUUGAUAAUAUUCAUGUUAUGAGGGAUUCGUUAAAUAAGUUAAACGCGAUCUUAAACGAAUUAGAUAAGAAUUCCAAUACAGGACCAAUGCUUCAACAAUCAUUGACAAAAACUCAAUGGCUACACCGACUCUCCAUUAUACUUCAAUCAGUUGAUCGAAUUACCAAAUCAGUUCAUUUAAACAAUACCAAUAUAUUAAUUCACUGUUCUGAUGGAUGGGACCGAACUUCUCAAGUAUCAGCAUUACUGCAGCUUUGUUUAGACCCAUAUUAUCGUACUAUAGAAGGGUUCAUGGUCUUGAUAGAGAAGGAAUGGGUUAGUUUUGGAUUCAAAUUUUCGAUUAGAGGAGAUCAUGGAGGUUGUAUUGGAGCGAAGAUUAACAGAGAAAGAGAUAGAGAAAGAGAAACCUAUACUAAUGAAGAGGAUCAAUUGAUAAACUCAAGUGGCCCUCUUACCGGAAAUAUAGACAUAACUAACCCUUCAAAUGGUGGAACCUACGAUGAUACUAAUAGUCCUAGUUCUAAAGUAGCUUCCUUUUUCCAACGUGCAGCAACUCAUAUAAAAAAUACAGCAGCAGCUGCUGCUGCUUCAUCCCCUGAUUUUGAUGAAAAGCUCUCACUUGGAUCUUCCAACGAGAAAUCGCCUAUUUUUCAUCAAUUUUUGGAUUGUGUCUAUCAGUUAUUAAGACAACAUCCUGAAAGCUUUCAAUUUAAUAGUCGCUUCUUGAAACGGUUGUUUUAUCAUCAUUAUUCAUGUCAAUAUGGAACCUUUUUGUGUGACUCAGAAAGAGAGAUGGUUGAAGUUUAUAAACUUAGAGAUAAUACUGUUUCCGUUUGGGAUUAUUUCAAUUCCAGAACUCAAGAAUUUACUAAUCAACAGUAUAAGACUAAUGACCAGGAUAAUGUUUUAUUCUUCAAUUUCACAGAUAUAAAGUGGUGGUUUGAACUUUAUGGGAGAUCAGAUGAAGAAAUGAAUGGAUUAUCGAAUUCCUUAGAUAGGAAAUUUGCACGAAUGAAUAUUCAGAAAGUAGCAUAGAUAUAAUAGAGAGCAACAAUGUUGUAAAGAUUAUAAUUCA